AUGGCGUCACAAAAGCAGGUGACAGGUUAUCUCCUGUUCUCUCUCGGCACCGCCGUCAUCGGCUCUCUGCAGUUUGGUUACAACACAGGAGUCAUCAAUGCCCCCGAACAGAAACUACGAUCUUUCUUCAACGAUACCUGGGUUGAGCGGUAUGGCAAGCCCAUCAGCCCGGGGGUGUGUACCAUCGUCUGGAGCAUCGCCGUCGCCAUCUUCAGUGUCGGCGGCAUGGUGGGCUCCUUCAGCGUAGGCGUCAUGGCCAACCGAUUUGGCAGGCGCCGCUCCAUGUUCCUGGUGAACUCUCUGGCGGUGAUCGGCGGCCUCCUCAUGGGCUUCUCCACCAUCUGCUCCUCCUAUGAGAUGGUGAUCGCCGGUCGCCUGGUCAUCGGCCUGUUCUGCGGCCUCUUUACCGGCCUGACUCCCAUGUAUGUGGGCGAGGUGUCGCCCACUCCCCUCCGAGGCGCCUUCGGCACUCUUCACCAGCUCGGUGUGGUGGUGGGCAUCCUGAUCGCUCAGAUCUUUGGCCUGGAGGCUCUGCUGGGCUCAGCCAAGAUGUGGCCCCUGCUGCUGGCCCUCACCGUGGCCCCUGCUGUGCUGCAGUGCAUCCUGCUUCCCUUUUGUCCAGAGAGCCCUCGCUUCCUGCUCAUCAACCUGAAAAAGGAGGAGCAGGCACGCAAAGUGCUGGUGCGUCUGCGUGGCAGUGAGGAUGUGAGUAAGGACAUGCAGGAGAUGAAGGAGGAGAGUGCUAAGAUGGCCAUGGAGAAGAAGGUGACCAUCCCCGAGCUGUUCCGCGUCGCGGCGUAUCGUCAGCCCCUCCUCAUCGCCGUCAUGCUGCAGCUCUCCCAGCAGCUGUCGGGGAUCAACGCUGUGUUCUACUACUCGACAGGCAUCUUUGACUCAGCCGGUGUGAAACAGCCCAUCUACGCCACCAUCGGAGCCGGCAUUGUCAACGUCAUCUUCACGGUUGUUUCUCUCUUCCUGGUGGAGAAGGCGGGACGGAGGACUCUGCACCUAGUAGGAUUGGGUGGAAUGGCGAUCAGCGCCGUGCUCAUGACCAUCUCCCUCCUGCUGAAGGACAUUCCCGUUAUGAGCUACAUGGCCAUCGUCGCCGUCAUGCUGUUUGUGGCCAUGUUUGAGAUGGGCCCCGGUCCAAUCCCGUGGUUCAUUGUGGCCGAGCUGUUCUCCCAGGGGCCCCGCCCGGCCGCCAUGGCUGUGGCCGGCUGCUGCAACUGGACGGCCAACUUCCUGGUUGGAAUGAGCUUCCCCAAACUAGUGGAGUGGUGCGGGCCUUGGGUCUUCCUCAUUUUCACCGCCUUCCUCAUCUUCUUUUUCAUCUUCACCUUCAUCAAAGUCCCAGAGACGAGGGGCAAGACCUUCGACGAGAUCGCCCGCGGCUUCGGCGGCGCCCUGCCUACGACCUCCUCGUCUGUGGAGGACCCUCCCGCCAGCGCCGCCACCACACUCCCCGCCUCACCGGUGAAGGAGAAGGUCCCGCUGGUGGCGGCGCCGGCAGCAGCAGCUCCUCCUCCGGCAGCUGAAAACACGCCCCUGGAAGAGAAAUCCCAAUCGACAGCGCAGGAGAGUUUGUAG